AACCAUAUGUAUUCAGUUCUUCGUUAACCGUUUUUAUCAAUAGGUUGUGAUCCACAUUAACUAUAUAAUUUGUUAAAUUUAUAACGUAGUAUCCAUUGACGGAUGGCAAACGGAUAGAAAUCCAACUAUUAACAUCGACGUGACAUCAAACUGACAAUAACGAUCAUGGCGAACGUAACUGACAGCCACUUCAUCGCGGAAGCUGCAAAUCAGUUUUUUAACACGUUGGAAAAAGAAUUAGUAUUUGACGAUGAAGUUGAUUCAUGGUUUUUAAUGCGAUCACCAUUGCCAGUUUUUUCUAUUGUGGCAGUUUAUUUAUUGUUCAUUUUAAAAAUCGGUCCCAAUAUGAUGAAGAACCGCGAACCAUACCGACUCAAACACAUUAUGUUAGUUUACAACCUUUUUCAGACAACUUAUAAUGCAUUUAUACUGUAUUGGAUAUUUUUUACACCUGGAGGAUUGUCUAACAUAUGGAAUUAUUCAUGUCAUCCAAUUGAAAGAAGCAAAAAUACAUUCUUAUUAUAUGAGUUGAAUAAAGGAUCGUGGUACUUUUUCUUCUCCAAAGUCAUCGAUUUAUUGGAUACGAUAUUCUUCGUUUUAAGAAAAAAACAGUCCCAAGUUACAUUUUUACAUGUAUACCAUCAUUCAAAUAUGGUCAUCACGUGUUGGGCAUAUUUGAGGUUCAUCAAAGGUGAACAAGCAACACUACCCGGAGGAAUCAAUUCAUUUAUCCACACUAUCAUGUACUUCUAUUACUUCCUAGCAGCCUUGGGCCCACAAAUGCAACCUUAUUUAUGGUGGAAGAGAUAUUUGACUAGAAUGCAGAUUAUUCAAUUUGUAAUUGUUUUACUCUGGUAUAUAGGACUCGUGUGUUUUAAUUGCGAUUAUCCAAAAAUUUAUAUUUAUUAUAUGUUUUCGAAUGUAACACUCUUUCUAUACCUGUUCUCGUUGUUUUACAAAAAAACAUACACCAAAACUCCAAAAACGGUAAAAUCGAAUUAAAUAUUAAAAAGAGCACAUCAUAAUCGUUGUAAUAGAUAGUUUGAAUGAGUCUAUAAUACCUAUGUAAUAUUAUGAAAAGCUCUAUUUUUACAAAAAAUUACAUGUAAAUAUGUUCAGUGUUUGAAAUAUAAUUUCUGUAAAUAGGUAUAAUUUAUUAUGUAUAAAUAAAAAAAAUAAGAUGUAAUUAUAUCAAGACGUAUAAAAGAGUAAAUUAUUAUAAUUUGAUAACAUAAAUUAUUAUAGUGUUUUUUUUUUAUAUUAUUAUUAUUAUUAUUAUUAUUAUUAUUAUUAUUAUUAUUAUAAUUACGGAUUUCAAGGUUAUGAUUAAUAAUAUUAAUUUAUUA